AUGCCAGGUGUCCCUACUAGCAGAGGCUGCGAUGCAUGCAGAAAACAGAAGAAAAAAUGUGAUGCACCAAAACCGCCUACCAAAUGCCCUCGUUGUACACGUUUAAAGAUUCCAUGUACCGGAUACGGAGUGCAGAGAUACAAGUUCUUGCCCAUAGAUGGCGAUACCGGUAGAGAGCAGAAGCGGCAACGGGGCCCUUCUCAAACGAUCAUGAUUGAAUACAAACCCAACGAAAAGUCGCUCAAUCAAAGACCCCCUGUUAUCCGCUCACUAGGCACCUCUACAGACACUCAAUCAGAGAGUGAGCUAAUGCAUCGAUGGCUAACGAGGACAGCAUGGUGCUUCUAUAUGGUCCCCAAGGAUAAAGCAUAUUUUGAAACGCUUCUACCACAAGCUGCAUUAAUGAACAGCUCUCUUAUGAAUAGUAUACUUGCGCUAGCAGCUGCAGAUUUUGCCCAUUCGGGGCAGAAAGCGUACUUGAGGCCUGCACUUGAGUAUCAUGCGAAAGCCGUAGCCGAGAUGCGCAUUCAGCUUACAUCCGUUGGCCAAAGGAGCAUCGAUGAUCUAUACCCCUCUGCAUUGCUUAUGGCAGCUUUCAACUUUGUUGCUUCUCCCCAACCGCGAACAAUAGACCGACUCAUUCCAACCUUGAAUAUGCUGGCUAGUGCAAACAAAAUUCUUCUGACGUAUGCCGCUUCGCGCCCAGAAUGCCAAUUUGAGAUAAUGUCGAGCAUUGACAUGACAAUAUUGGGCCUUUUAGACCCUGAAACAACAGUCGCCCUCGACAGACUUACUGCAAUCAGUCAUCAGAUCGAGCUGCCAGCAUCGGAUGAUAAGUCUUCGUCAUGUUUUGCUGAAGAUAGCCAAUUAUACCAAGUCACUAUUGCUCACAUCAAAUACAGCUUUGCCGAGGAAGUACGGGAUGUGAUCAAGAACUAUUGCUGGACGGUGACCUCUGUCAACGACCCCGAAUUUUUCGACGCGGUCAGGAACUCAGAGCCUAUGGCUUUGUUGAUAAUUAUGUACUUUGGAGUUCUCCUGGAUAUGAUGGGAAGAAAAGGAAAUGCCAUUACAUGGUGGCUUUGUGGCCAGGGAAAGGAUGUCGUGGACGAUAUUUCACAAAUCCUGAAGUGCUCACCGGUUGCGCAAAUACCAGAUGUACAAGAUGCAAUAGCUUGGGCAAGACAGAAGGUUGGCUUAUUGGAAAAUUCUCCUACUGGUGCGUGA